CUGUGCUGCUCCCAGUUUGUGUCCCAACCGGAGAUAAAAACAGAAGACUGCACCAGGAAAGAGCACCCCGUAGUCCCGUAUCGAGUUUUGCGAUUGUGGAUGUCUGAAUUUUCUCAUCCUGGAGCGAAGGAUUUUUCUCAGUUAGCCGUGGAUCUGAACAGAGGCCAGAUCAUUGUAGGAGCGAGAAACUUUCUCUUUAGACUACAUUUGACCAACAUUUCACUAAUACAGGCAGCAGAGUGGGCCCCAGAUGAAGACACCAAACAGUCCUGUCAGAGUAAAGGCAAAACAGAGGACGAAUGCCAAAACUACGUGCGAGUGUUACUGACCAGUGGAUCCACGCUCUUCACCUGCGGCACCAACGCCUUCACACCUGUCUGCAUGACCCGACAGAUUUCAAACAUCAGUGAGGUGUUAGACUCCAUAAACGGCGUGGCGCGGUGUCCGUACGACCCUCGCCAUAACUCCACGGCGAUGAUCACGGCGAGGGGCGAGCUGUACGCCGCCACCGUCAUCGACUUCUCCGGACGAGACCCCGUCGUGUACCGCAGUCUGGGAAACAUGCCCCCGCUACGCAGCGCUCAGUACAACUCCAAAUGGUUAAACGAACCAAACUUCGUCUCCGUGUACGAGAUCGGCCGUUUCGCGUACUUCUUCUUCCGAGAGACGGCCGUGGAGAACGACUGCGGGAAGAUGGUGUUUUCCCGCGUGGCUCGGGUUUGUAAGAAUGACGUUGGCGGUCGGUUUCUCCUGGAGGACACCUGGACCACGUUCAUGAAAGCCCGACUCAACUGCUCCCGCUCCGGAGAGAUCCCCUUUUACUUCAACGAGCUCCAGAGCACCUUCCACCUGCCCGAACAGGACCUGAUCUACGGCAUCUUCACCACCAACGUAAACAGUUUGUCUGCGUCGGCCAUCUGCGCCUUUAACCUCAGCUCCAUCACCGCCGCCUUUAACGGACCGUUCCGCUUCCAGGAAAACCCCCGCACCGCCUGGCAACCCACGCCCAACCCCAUCCCCAACUUCCAGUGCGGCACCUUAGACGAGACCGGCCCUGGACAGAACCUGACGGAGCGCCACCUGCAGGACGCGCAGAGACUGUUUCUGAUGAAUGACGUGGUUCAGCCGAUCACAGUGAACCCCGUGUUGACCCAGGACACAGUGAGACUGUCCUGUCUCUGUGUGGACGUGGUGAAGGGCGCGGGAGAGCGGCUCUACCACGUCAUGUACAUCGGCACCGAGUACGGCACCAUCCUCAAGGCCCUGUCCACCACAGACAAGAGGCUCCAGGGCUGUUACCUGGAGGAGCUCAGGCCCCUCCCCCCAGGACUCAGCGGGCCAAUCAGGAGCCUCCGUCUGCUGCACCGGGACCGCUCUCUGUUUGUGGGACUGAGCGACCGAAUGGUGAAGAUCCCCCUGGAGAGGUGCUCGAGUCACCCGUCCGAGAGGCAGUGUGUGGAGGCGCGGGACCCGUACUGUGGCUGGGACCGACUCAAACGACGCUGCACCACCUACGAGGAGAGCUCCAACAUCAACCAGUGGAUACAGAACAUCACAGACUGUCCUGUGAGGAAUCUAACCCAGGACGGAGGGUUUGGCCCGUGGGCACAGUGGCAGUCCUGUUCCCAUAGCGACGGGGAGGGGUCCAGCCUGUGCCUGUGCCGGUCCCGGUCCUGCGACGGUCCCUCGGCUCGGUGUGGAGGAGAGGAGUGCAAAGGGCCCACCAUCCAGGUCGCCAACUGCUCCAGAAACGGCGGCUGGACUCCCUGGUCGUCGUGGGGACAGUGCAGCAGCAGUUGUGGCAUCGGCUUCGAGGUCAGACAGAGGUCGUGUAACAACCCGUCCCCGAGACACGGUGGGCGAGUCUGCGUGGGGCAGGGGCGAGAGGAGAGGUUGUGUAAUGAGCGGAGGCCCUGCCCUCUGCCUGUGUCCUGGACGUCCUGGGGUCCUUGGACCAAGUGCAGCUCGGAGUGUGGAGGAGGGGUCCACUCCCGGAGCCGGAGCUGUGAGAACGGGAGCAGCUGCCCCGGAUGUGCCACGGAAUACCGCGCCUGUAGUCUGGAGGCGUGUCCGGAGGUGCGCAGGAACACGCCCUGGACGCCCUGGAUCCCGGUGAACGUGAGUCUGGACGGGUCGCGUCUGGAGCAGAGGAGCAGGUACACGUGUCGCGCUCUGCUCCCCAAACCACAGCUGCUCCAGUCGGGAAAGAAGAAGACAGAGACUCGCUACUGCCCCAACGACGGAUCAGGCGCCUGUCAGACCGAUGCUCUGGUGGAGGACCUGGUGAAGUCCAGCGGUCGGUCCCCUGUGGUUCCUCAGGGCGCUCGCUGGGGAUUAUGGGAAACGUGGUCCGUGUGCUCUCGCUCGUGCUCCAGAGGCUUCAGGACUCGUAAACGUCUGUGCUCCACUCCUCAGGGCAGGACCGCCCCCUCGGCCUGUGUGGGCUCCCCGGUGGAAUAUCAGGACUGUGCGAUGCAGCCGUGUCCAGUGGACGGGGGGUGGUCUUGCUGGUCGGCCUGGUCUCCCUGUUCGUCUUCGUGUGGUGGGGGACACUUCCAGAGGACGAGGAGCUGUUCUGAUCCUGCUCCAGCCCAGGGAGGAGACAUCUGCAUCGGGCUGCACACCGAGGAGGCUCUGUGUAACACCCACAGCUGCGAAGGUUGGCCUGAGUGGACAGAUUGGGGCGACUGUGAUGAAAACGGGCUCCAGUUCAGGACCAGGACCUGCGGAGACUCUGGACUCUGUCUGAACAACGUGUCUCAGUCCAGGACCUGCAAACCCCACGAGGUCCCAGUGAUCCUGCCUGGACAAGAAGACCAGAAUUGUGGAACGUACACCCUGUUCCAGUUGAUCGCCGUGGGCCUGGGCAGCUUCUUCGUGGCGGCGUUGCUCUCGGCUCUGGGAUACUCGUACUGUCACCACCUGAACAGGACGUCCUCUGAGUCGGCCGUGAUCCACCCGAGCACGCCCAACCACCUGAACUACAACAAACCUGGCAACGCGGCGCCCAAAAACGAGAAGUACAUCCCCAUGGAGUUUAAGACGCUGAAUAAAAACAAUCUCCACGUGAACGAAGAGACGUGUAAUCACUUCUCCACGGCCCUGGGUCCUUCAAACAUGUUCACCACCACGUACUACCCCCCAGGCCUGAGCAAAUACGACUACCACCACCAGGAGGCAGCGUGCCGGACUUUCAACAUGCACAGCUGA